AAGGAGAAAGGGCAGGCAGAAAUCCUAACAAUUGAGUUGCUGUUGAAGGGGACGAUAAGAUGACGCAGAAAGGAGAUUUAUUCAAAGGGAAAAAGAAGCAGAAAACAAUCCCCCCUAAUCGCCAUGGAAAACUUCCUCACAUCCGCAAAGGUAAGAGAGUCGUCAAGCCAUCCAAGCAAUCGAAAGAGAUGGACGCUGAUCGAGAGCUGACCAAGUUCAUAAAUCACUGCAACGAGAUAAAAGCAGCCACGGUUGCUAACAAGGAUGGAGGGCAGUUGAGUAUAGUCAAGCUACCCCCACAAUCUUCUGCUGAUGCCAAGGAAUAGAAACAUAAUACAAGUGAUGGAUUGAUGAUGCAUCGUUUUGAACGAGUAGUGCACAUCCAUUUGUAGGUUGUUUUUGUUGUAAAAUUCGAUUUUGAUAUUCAUUAUGCACUUACUCUUGCAUUCUUUUUUCUUGAAGUAAAAAA